UUCAAUUCAUUACUUCUAGUUCGUAUCAUUUACUCUUGCUUUUUCUGUUGUAUUUUUUUCUUUUCUAUGAUUUGACAUGCUCAAAGCUUUAUGGAAUUUUUAAAUGUUUUAGAGUUUUUUUUAUAAGAAAUGGGCUUCUGUGCACCGCGAGCCCCAAAUUUUGGAUUUCUGGAUACAGGAUGUUCCGUUCUUGGUGGUAUCAGGGUCAAUCCUAGUAUUCAGGAUCAAGGACCCAGUUGUUCAAGUGAAGAUUUUUACGUAUCGCAGUACAAUCUUGCACAUCACUGGCGACGACCUCAUAUGAUUCCUCAUUCAUUGGGUUUCCCACAACUUUUAAUCCGAACAUUGCCAUGGGUUCGUGAUUGUAUGGCAUUGCGACACACAGGACAUUGGCCUUUUGAAACUCAGAGUAAUCGACUGAAGAACAGGAAUCUGCUGGAAGUGCUAGAAGAUCCUGCUGAUGGUUCAGUGACACUGUGGUCUGUAAGUGAGCUUUCAACAAGGAAGCGACUGUUGGAAUUUCGUUUGCAUCUUUCAAAGGAAAGAAAUGCGGAAUUUGACGAAUGGAGGAUUUUGUAUGAUAGAGAUGAAGAUCAAGGGAUUCAUGAUUCCGAAGGGACAGAAAUGGCGGAGAGAAACUGGGAUUCGUGUGUUGAAGGUGAUAUGUUUAGAGAGCAGCAGAUUUAUAAUCCUAUUUCUAAUAAUCGAAAAUACUGUCGAACGUUAGAUGUAAGCACUGCAUUGCUCGAGCUUCGAUCUUAUAAGCCCAGUGGCGAAAGAUGUCGAAUCCUGGCUCGCAGCGAAAAAGAGUUGUAUCUUUGCGAUCCAGCAAAUAACGUUGUGUUGACACUUUUUCAUCAUCCUGUCCAUUCUCUGUCAUUCAUACCAUAUAUGAACGAUGAAAUUGUGUUUCUUGAUGAUGGUGGCUUAAUUUGGUAUGGGGAAGUGGGUCAGAAUUUUAUUCAUGCAAAGUGUGGCUGUGAUAUUGAGUCAAUAGCUGGAUCGGACCAUCCCCGAUUAAUAUAUGCAGCUGGCAAAGACAGUGUUCAUUUGAUUGAUUUAAGAGUUGGCAUUCCGGAUGGUAACUUGCUCUAUACUGUUCCUGAAUAUGAUGAUACAUCACGGAAUUCUUAUCAUUACCAAUACAAAGGUGCUUUUGAGAAGCCAAGUAUACAUCAGUUAUGCAGUUUGCCUAAUGUACCGCAAAUGCUUCUUAUUUGUACAUCGAAAAAGUUUGUGCUUGUGGAUGAACGAAUGCGUGGACUUGUUUGUUUGGAAAUGGCUCAUAGCGUCUAUCAUGGCGGACAUCACGUUACGAGUGCUCCACCCAUUCGAGAUACUGAUCGAAAUGGUACUAUUUAUCCCAUCUACGUUUUGCAACAUACUAUAUAUCCUGAUGUACAAGCGUUUUCCCUCUAUCGUCACGCGGACAGUACGAUGUGGUCAUCACUGGCAUCGAUCAAACGAAUGCAAGAACCUUGUAGUGCAGCUGCAUUUUAUCGAGAGCAACCCAAGUAUAACGUACGAAUUCCACGCUUAGCUGAAAAGGUCUUAUUCGGAAGUGGACCAACUCGAGCCAUUUCUUUCCUGAAUACUGAUAUUGAUUCCCUUAAUGAAAAGUCGUUUUUGUUCCGAAUGAUGGAUGAUGGAAGCCUGUGGUAUGAACAGAUCAGUAUCCAGAAUGAUCAAGAUCUAUCAGAGAAAAUGUUAUGGAGAGGAGCACCGAAAGUGCAAGAUAUAGUUGAUUCUAGCACUUUUGGUAUGACAAGGUCGGGUAAUGUGCGUCCUGGUAGGCAUCAGCAAAAAGUGAACAUUUUUGAUGUGGAACUUGAUCUUGAUGCUUCAGGAAAUUUUUCUUUGGAAACUAAUGCCGUAGCAUUACAGCCACUGGAUACAAAUCCUGAAAAUAGCUGUCCUGAGCCACAAAUAGUGAGAGAUGUUGCCGACGAGCAACUUUUUUCAAAGAUUGUAUUACAGGGUUGUCCAAAAGAAGCGUAUGGAUUUCGCGGAUCUCUUAGUUUUUCUAAGCCAUCAUGGUACGAUACGGGAAAUUGUGGUGGUGGUGAUGUAAAUCUUGCAAAAUCGGGUACCUCCACUACAUCGAAUUACUUUUUGUAUGAUAGUGCACACAUAUCUCAAACCUAUGUAGCUCUUUGCUGCUUACUGAUUUUGGGAGACGAUUUAAGUCGAGUAGACAGGAAAGCUGUGUUGGAAGGAAUAUGUUAUGACCAGCUUAGUGAUGGAAGUUUUCGAGGACAGCAAGGAACCGAAAAUGAUAUGCGUUUUGUGUAUUGUGCAAUUGCAAUAUGCCAUAUAUUGAAUGAUUUCAGUACAAUUGACAUGAAAGCAGUGCUGAAUUUUAUUCAGCGAUGUGUUAAUUUUGACGGUGGUAUCGGUCAAGCGCCUUUGCUUGAAAGUCAUGGAGGCUCAACAUUUUGUGCUAUAGCUGCAUUAGCAAUGGCAGGACAUCUAUGGGAUGAGAGUGUUCUGACGCAUAAACAAAUUGAAAAACUUGUAAAAUGGGCAUUAUGGAAGCAAGACGAAGGUUUUCAUGGUCGAGCUAAUAAACCAGAUGACAGCUGUUAUGCAUUUUGGAUUGGUGGAACACUUAAGAUUUUGGAUGCUUAUAUGUUCGUAGAUAAAGAACGACUGCGAUCCUUCAUUUACUCAACUCAGGAUCGACAAUUAGGAGGCUUCGGCAAGUUUAGCGAUGUUGUACCCGACGCCUUGCACACAUGCUACAGCAUAUCCGCAUUAUCUUUGCUGCAUGAGCCCAAUUUACGAAUCCUAUAUCCACCACUAAAUAUUACGAACCGGGCAGCCGAACAUCUGGCCAAUAUCAAUUUGAACAGAUAA